AUGCGCUCACGCUUACACCUCCCCCCUUUACACCAAGUCCGUCCCGGACUUGAAAGAUUGAAGAGCGGACUUACUGUGACGGGACUUUACCCGCUACAAAUACCAGUCGCUGGUUGAUGCUGGAACGAUGGCAUUGAGCGACGCUGCCCAGUCGAGGAUCCGCCGCCAGAACGGUACUGUCGUCAAAGAUUCGGCGUUGCCCAGAAUGAAUUGUCCGUGACGGCAUUGUGUGGUCGCUACGUUGACGCGUCUCCUUUUCACGUCCUUGGACGGAAUCCACGGUGGUCAGCUCGACGCCGAGUCGAUCGUGGCGUGAUUGAAGAUGGCGUGAUUGCUCCUUGUAGAAAGAUAUCACGCAGAUCUGAUUUGGCUGAAUGCCUUUCCCUAGCAACAAUUCGAUUAAUCGAACGCAGGCGUUAG